CUCAACCCUGCUCGCGCUCCGCCUCCCGCCGGCGUGCCCCACCCACAAGAGCGUCGCUGACCGAUGACGUAGCCGGCGCAGGCGCCCUUGGCAAGGCCGAAGUGCUGCUGGUUUUGAGCGUGGAGCAUUUUAAAGGUCAUCUGCACCUUCUGACUGGGAAAAGAUGGUCAACGUCUUGAAAGGAGUGCUAAUAGAAUGUGACCCUGCCAUGAAGCAGUUCCUGCUGUACUUGGAUGAAUCAAAUGCCUUAGGGAAGAAGUUCAUCAUUCAAGACAUUGAUGACACUCAUGUCUUCGUUAUUGCAGAGUUGGUUAACGUCCUCCAGGAGCGAGUAGGUGAAUUAAUGGACCAAAAUGCUUUUUCUCUUACCCAGAAGUGAAGAUACUCAAUAUUGAUCACUUGGGAAUUACAAGUAACAAAUGUGAGAGACGGUCACCAUUCAGUGUCCUGUGUGACUGAUGAGACUUAGUGGCUUAGGCACAUAUCAUGGGAAACCUGUGAUGUUGUUUGUUCAGAAAAAAGUCCCUGAACUGAUUUUCUUGUUUUUUUCCCCAGUACAUGUACCCUAGAAUUUAAAAAAAAGAAAGAAAAAAACUUCAA